UAUUUACCCGGCCUCGUAGUAGGUACUGUCGAGUAAUUCAUAUAUCCAAAUUGCCCGGAGAUCUGGACCACGGUGGGAUCGUAGAUUGUUGAGGACCCUGGGUCUGCUUAAUGAUUCUGAUUAAUUCGCCUGAUUAAGCAAUUACUUCAUCAGCAACCUCUUGACAUCACUCACAUCACUCGCCUUGCUGUCAUCUAUUUUUGUUCCUUAUAUUUGAACCCCACGACGACUCCUUCAACAGGAGUAGCGUGUAGCAAAUAUACGCAAGGGAAGUUCUCAACACGGCCCAUUUGCAUAACUCCUAUCGCCUAGAGGCGUCUCUCUAGACUUGCCCCCAUAUAUUUUUGUAUACCAUCUUCCACAUAGGCUCUUCAUCAUGGGCGCCGACGAGGUCACGAUCUCCCCGACGAGGACCAUCGUCCUCUCAGCAUGGGGCAUCUUCAAGGAGCAAUGGCCGCUUCUCAUCCCACUCUUCAUCGUCCUCCGGAUUUUAUAUAAGCGUUAUGCUUCACCGUUACGCGAAUAUCCCGGUCCCUUCGUAGCCUCCUUCACCCGUCUCUGGAAAGUCAUGUCCACGAUCUCGGAGCAAACUCAUCUGCACCACAUUGAACUGCACCGCAAGUACGGCCCCAUCGUGCGCAUCUCGCCCAACGAGCUCUCUUUUUCAUCUCCAACAGUCGCUCGUCACGUUCUCUCGGCCGGAAAGCGCUUCUAUAAGACGGACUUUUACUCGGUCUUCCCGCCGCCAGAGAACCCGGAUAUCUUCACAGAAAUUCGCGAGGAUGUGCACGCCAUGAAGAAGAAGGUGGCCAACGUGCCGUACUCGAUGGCCGCCAUGCGCCAGCUCAGCCCUUUUAUCGAUGACACCAUCGACUUCCUCGUUAGUCGGCUCGACCAGUUCUGCCCUGACACUGCCAUCCCCGGAUUCCAACAGGCUGGUCUCCCUGGCCGAAACACCAUUGUUAACCUUGGCGACUGGCUACACUUUUUUGCCUUUGACGUGCUCGGUGAGGUGGCUUUUGGAAGGUCGUUUGGCUUCUUAGCUGCCGGCGUCGACAAGGAGAACGCCAUCAAGACCAUCGACAACAGCCAGAAGUACAACGGAAUCGUUGGUCAGAUCCCCGAGAUCGAUUGCCUGCUAAGGAGGAACCCGCUCUGGAGGUGGAUUCCCGCCUUCGACCCUAACAAUGCGGUCGUCACCCGUAUCGCCCGCGAGGAGAUGCAGAAGCGUCGCCCCUUCGAAGUUGAGCGCGAUGGCAAGGGUGCUAGCGGCGAUGGUCGCGAGGACCUCCUAUCAUCGCUGAUCAAGGGCCACCUGAAGGACAAGACAAAGUUCCACGAAGGUGACAUCUUUGCUGUGACUCAUGGUGCUAUUUUCGCUGGCUCGGACUCGACUGCCUCUUCCAUGCAAUCCUUCUUCUGGCAUGUCCUAUCUGCUCCGAAGGUACUUGCAAGGUUGGUAGAGGAGAUUGAUACGGCGGCACGUGAUGGAACGAUCUCGGCGCAAGGUAACAUCCAGUGGACUGAGGCUCAGAACCUACCAUACUUCCAGGCAUGCCUAAAGGAAGCGAUGCGCAUGCGUCCUGCGGUCGGUGUUAACAUCGCUCGGUACGUGCCCCCGGAGGGCAUCGAGAUUGAGGGCCGCCACAUCCCCGGUGGUACGCGACUCGCACUCAACGGCUGGGUUCUGCACCGCGACAAGGCCACCUUCGGUCAGGAUGCCGACUACUUCCGUCCGGAACGCUGGCUUGAAGACCCCGAAAAUGCCAAGGUCAUGGAGAGAUACAUGUUCCAGUUUGGCGGUGGUGCCCACGUCUGCAUCGGUCGGAACCUGGCGCUACUCGAGAUUAACAAGGUGAUCCCUCGCCUCCUCCGCGACUUCGAGUUCGAGCUGGUCUACCCGGGCCGAGAGCUCAAGGCGAAGGCGACCUUCUUCGUGGUCCAGGAAGGCCUCGAGGUGUACAUCUCGCGAAAGCAGAGCGAGAAGGAGACGCAGCAAUAAAAGCUUAGACUCAUACCAUAGUUCUUCAAAGAACAAACUUAAUGAUGCUACUGAUAAUAGUAUCGGGGACGGCGGGCAACGGCGUUGUUGUGUUAGAGCUGGGCUCGCGGCUUACGAAAAAUGCUUUACUUGGGCAGCAUGUUUUGCAUACCAUUUUACGCAGCGUUUUUGUUGUUCCUUUUUUCUUUGGGAAGGAUGUUUAUACGGCACAGAGGUUGUAGAUGGACGAGAUACACGCGCGGCGCGUUAUAUACCAGAAGAUGUUUGGCAAAUUGCUUACUGUAUUAUGAAUAUCUGAGGCGAGUUGGAUGUAACUAAUGACGACGUUUCGCUAUUAGAAAAUAUUGCGAUAGGCGGAGAUAGUUACACAGACUCGGCAAUAGGGACUAAUAUCAUGUUGACUUUCCUUUUUGAGAUUAUAAUAGCUCAAGUCAUAGUAUCAAGAAGCAGAGCUUCUUUCUGGAGUCUUAUUGCUUAUACCUAGGCCAUGUGUUGAUUGUCGAGUGAAGUUGUUGUGAACUACACCGU